AUGUCUUCUUGUGGUCCAUCGUUUGCCGUUCCAUCUUGUGCCUCUAGCCCAGUGGUUGGUUUUGGGUCUGCAGGUCUCGGCUUGGGCUGUGGAGGUCUUGGCUAUGGAGGUCUUGGCUAUGGCGGUCUUGGCUCUGGAGGUCUUGGCUAUGGCAGUCUUGGCUAUGGAGGUCUCGGCUCUGGAGGAAUCAUAUAUGGUUCUGGUGCUGGAGGAUUUCCCACAACUUCAGCAGAGCUCGGGACCCUAUCUGGUGUCAUCCCCCAGCCCAUCAACCAGAUCCCACCAGCAGAAGUCGUGAUCCAGCCACCUGCCUCCGUCGUGACGCUCCCAGGACCCAUCCUCUCUGCCACUGGGGCCCCAGUUGUUGUAGGCGGCAACACUCCAUGUGCCAUUAGUGGUUCAGGAGGGGCGGGAGCAGGCUUCUAUGGGGGGCUGGGAGGAGGACUUUCAGGCUCUUUGGGUUAUGGCAUGAUGAGGGGAGGAAUUCUUGGAAGGAAGUCUUUACUGGGGCGCCGUGGUAGCAUCUGUUGA